GCCUUACUCAUCGCCUGGGGGCCUUGCGUCAUCCAACAUCUCGCUUCCGACCACCCGUCCACCAACGUCUACCGAUUCCUGGGCCCUCAGCCUGCAGCCUUGUGGCCAGAGGGCGGCAGCUGAUCCGACGAAUGCAGAAAUGGCGGGGCAGGAGACCCAGGGAGGCAAGAAAGGGCCUGUCCAGCAGCAGUAUGUGAAGCCGCAGCUGGGAGGAGCGCAUGUGAUCAACAUGAAACAGGUGCAGCUGGAAGACGACGUGACAGCCGAUCACUCAAUGCUCAACUGCGCAAAGGUAGGUGAGAUACGCAGACAGACAGACAGAUAAAUGGAUGGGCAGGGCAGGCCGAAGGAGUCAGCCUGUCCCCCUCGCAGACUCCUAGAAUGAAUGUGUCUGUCUGUCUGUCUGUGCAGAUGUCGUGCGUCUUGUCGAUAUUCUUCCCCAUCAUCGGCUGCAUCGCCUUCUGUCUGAAUCUCGACGCCAAGAAGGGGUCCGAGAGGCAUAAGUGGGCCCGCCGCUGCCUCUACACAGCCCUCGCCGCCUUCACUCUCGUCAUCAUUCUGCGGGUCAUCAUCUUGUCACUCUGGUUAUCAGGGGUGUGAGCAAGGAGGGGACUCUCCGCGGCAGGCGCCUUCAGGAAGUCAGUCGUGUAGGAUGAGUGGUUUCUGUGCCGGUGUUCUGCGUCGCUGGCGUUAUCGACUGAAGCUGUGAUUCCUCUCGAGGACAUGGACGAUGUUCGUUUGCCCCAAUGUUGUUGUGUGGGCAGGGGGGACAUGGUCAUUCGCCUCGGAAAUCAGUGGGUGCCUGUAGGGUAGGGUGCCUGAUCUUUUUGUUUAUUUAUUCAUUUGUCAUCUCAUCCCGUCUGUCUGUCGUGUACACUGUUACCUGCUGGCUCACAGUAGGCAGCUGUACGUACAUAUGAAUGCUCUGCCUCUCCGUCCGUCCGUCUGUCUGCCUGUCUGUCUCGGUGGCUCUUUCGUCUUGUUGCGUCAUUCCCUCUUGGAAAGGUCCAUUUUGUGCCUUUCUUUACCCAUCACGUGAGAUGGUGAGGUCGGUGAAGAAGGCAAGUAAGGACUGUCGAGGUGUAGAUGCAUGGCGCUUGUGAUUGGUUAGAUCUGCUUGGUUGGCUGCACGCACGGACGAUUGUAGGACGCUUGGCUUAAGAUAAAACAGACCCAACGCCA